GGUAUUUCCUGUUAUGGAAAAUGGCUGCUCGGCGUGAUAUAGCCUUGUAAAACGAUUGAGUAAUGUGGGAAUGGUAAUGGUCCCGUUUUUUCAUCGUAAUAUAGGAUGCCUAACAAUGAUGACAGUGUUUCCCCUUCGGAGCAUGAUGACAGAGAACCGAAGGAGCCUUCCCUGAAAAAGCUUAAAUCGGCAGAUGCAGAUCCCGAGCCGGAGGCGCAAAAUCUCAGACGCGAUCUUGAUGUAGAGGGUCUAAGCCAGGGGCUUCUCGAUUUCUCUCCCACCGAGGAAUCCCAGGAGGAUGAGGCUUUGGGCACCUCGACCACUGAAGGUGAUGAGUUGCAGGAGGUCGUGGAGGCAGAAGAUGGGGUUUCGAGCUGGGUUACAGAGGGCAGUGGGGCCCGCGGCAGCACAGAUGUCAGCUCCCCAGAGGGUGAAAUCAAGGAGGAGCACGAUCCUGAGGGGCUCACAGGGGGCAUGGCAGCUAUUAAAAAUGUAGGUGGGGAGGCGUCAGGGCCUGUCAGUGAAACCUCUGCCUCGGCUCGACGCGUUACCCUCCCGGGCAAGUGCGGUACGAGUAGCACUGCCUUUAUUGGCCCCAAGUGCCGAAGUGAAUAUGAUGCACCGAAGACGGACUUUGAGGACAAGCUGAGCGAGUUCUACCGAGAGCUGGAGCAGAUUGAACCUGGCGAUUCCAGCACCAGUGAGGAUGUGCGCGCCUCCGACGGUAGCUCCAGAAGACCGCAACGCCAGAGAGGGCCCAGGGCAGAUGGCCAGCCGAACGCUCACAAGAACCACAAACCCAGCGCGCACCGUCGGUCUCGUCCAUAUCGGGACCAGUGGCAAGACCAGAGAUACAGACCUAAUGAUUAUGGGCCUGGUCGGUUUCCCAGCUGGGACAGCCCAGAGCCUCCUUACCACCAGCCUCAGUGGGAACAGGCCCCGUUGUUCAUUGUUCCUCAGGGCCCCCUUUAUCCAAGAUUUCAGAAGUCGCCUUAUUGUGGCCCUCCAAACUUCCCCCCUCAGCCUCCUGGGCCUUUCUAUCCCCCAGGUUAUACAUCGCCUAUGAACUCCUACUAUGACUAUUCUCGGAAUGACGGCUCUUGGCAGUGGGAGGGUAGGGAGUUCCCCUCGGCUUCUGGCUAUGAUGGCCAGGAUGUCUAUUAUGAUGGUUCCCAAAGGUUCGUUGGUAGUGCCUGCCGUCCUCAUGGGUACAGGAACUACCCCAGCAGCAAUGGCAAUGGUUUCUCGUACUGUGGAGAAGAAGCGUGGUCUCAUCCUCCUGAACCUGGAGCCUCUGAUGGCUUCCAGUCCGGCCAGCGUCAGGAGGAAAGAUACCCAGGCCCGGAAUACGAUGGGCACUCCGAGUCAUCCCCCGUUUUGAUUCUGAUGAGGGGCCUUCCUGGAUCUGGGAAAUCAACACGAGCACAGGAGCUGCUGUCUUCUGGUCCUGAAGGGAUUGUUUUAAGCACAGAUGACUAUUUCAGUAAGGAGAAGGGAUACACUUAUGACUCUGCCUUACUCGGGGAAGCCCACGACUGGAAUCACAACAGAGCUAGAGAAGCUCUGGAUCAAGGCCGUUCACCUGUAAUAAUAGAUAAUACUAACUUACAAGCUUGGGAAAUGAAGCCGUAUGUGGAACUGGCAUUGGAAAGAGGGUACAGAGUAGAAUUUCAGGAACCAGAUACAAGUUGGAAAUCAGAUCCUUUGGAGCUGGAAAAGAGGAACAAGCAUGGAGUGCCCGGAGAGAAGAUUUCGCAUAUGCUGGAGCGAUUCGAACGGCCCGUGUCUGUAGAUAUUGUACUGAACUCGCAGGAGCCCACUCAUAAAACCUCAUCGCAUCACAGACAGAGGAAUAGAGUGCAAAAACCGAGGUCUAGGAGAAGAAGAAGAAAUCCCAAACGGAAAGGGCAGCGGAAAUCGGAAAUCGCUGCCGGCUCAGAAGUGGGGCUACGGAGAAGGACCCACAGCAGCUCAGCCUCUGCCAGUUCUGAAGAAGAAGGGUUACUUGCUACUAGUUGUGGUGAACCUUCAGGGGGUGCCGCACUUGUAGAACUGUCUUGUGAAGUACCCCAUGUAAACUUUAACAGCCAGGGAGUACAAAGCAGUGCUGUAUGUCAUGAUCCUAACACUGCACAGAUGGCCACGGAGGAAAGCUAUGCUAAAGACCGAUAUUUUUCAUGGAGGCUUGAUCGAAUCUUUGCAAAACUGUACAGCUAUUUUGGGAAACCUGUAGCACAAAAUUCAGAAGAAGCUGACAAAAGACGUGGCAAUUCUACUGGGAAUAAUGCCGUCAUAGAAGAGUCAAAGGCAGAAGAUCAUGAUUCGGUUCAUAUAAGCGAUUUUAAAUGGACUUCAACAAGCAUGAAUCAGGAUAAAGAAUUCAAAACGUUUGAAGAAAAUGAAACCAAAGGUUCAGGUUCUUAUACCGAACAAGUCAAGGUCAGCUUUGCCGCGGAAGUGCCUUUUACGAAACAUUGCGGUGGUUGCACUGGCAUUCAAAAUGAAAGAGAUAGAGUAGCAGUUUUGAAAAAAUCCAAAAAACUGGAGCAAUUUAUUUUGUCUGAUAUGUGUCAUGAAGAUUCAUCGGCUACAAAUGCUUCUGCACACCCAAAGACCAAAGGAGUUGUCCAUUCUGAAAAACACCCAGACAGCUCUGAAGAUUAUACAUUGCAGGAAGCCAUAUCCUCAAACAAUGACUGUGCUCAGUUGCACAUAAAAGAAUGCUCACAUACACAAGUACAGGAAGAGAAGCCUUGCCAUUCACAAGGAGAUGAUCAUUCUACAGUGGUGUCAGAACAAAGGAGAAGCAAUACGAUGAUCAAUGCAAGAGCUUUAGCUCUACAGAAAUUCAGGCGGCCUUACAAUAUUGCUCCAAUGUUUCAUUUCGCACAGGAGAGGAACACUAUCUGCAGGGUGAUUGAUGCAGAAGAAAAUCCCCAUUUUGAAGAUGGGGAACAAAAACGUCAAUUGCAAAUACCUAUAGCCAACCUCCAGGUGAGAAGCAGAUUUACAGGAGGGAGUGAGAUCUGUCGAGACGUACAUCCAACAGCAGGUGAAAACCACGAUACCAUCUGCGUUAAAGAUGGGGAAGAGGAUUUCACAGCGCAGUCUGCAGGAUCUCUUGCAGAAAGCACAGAGCGUUGUCAGUCGGUCAAAGAGAACGGGACUGCAGCUUCUCAGAACGUUUAUGAUGAGAUCCACUUUGAUUACAGAGACACUGAGGGAAUGAGAAAAACGGACUCAUCUUCAGACUUGGCUCCAGGUGAGCCAGACGUUUUAUCCUCAGUUUUCGAAUCUUCUUCUAAGGAGAUGUGUGAACCUGCAGUCCCAGGUGAUCCGUGUUUUGGAACAGCAGAAAGAGAUUCUGAACACCACACAUUUGGACACAGUGAACGCCAGAGAGCUGCCUCCACCUCGGGAGGAUUGCUAGGAAUCUGUUUGUCACUGGAGCUGGCUUUGCAGCUCGAGGAAUUGUUUGGACCCAUUGGUGUGGAGCUGGAUUCCUUGCUGCCUGAAGAUUAUAUUGUGCCUUUGGAUUGGAAAUUGUCACAGAUGAUUCAUUUACAGUGGAAGAACACAUUAGAGGAAAGACGGAAAUAUACCGUUACAAAGUGACAACUUCCAGACAGGAGCAUGAAAGUGGCUCAUCAGUGAAGAGAUUCAAGAUGGAUCUGAGGAGAGGAGCAAACUGAGCGCUCAGCCCAAAAGGAUUAAAGAGCACUCCAGGAAAAGCUCCUAAAGUCUUGACUACACUGGGUGAUGGCUUGGGUGUCUCACAGUAUAUCACUUGUUGUAAAUGCACCUGCAUAAAUGCAUAAUAGCACACUCUUCUUUUAUUGCACACAGUUCUUUCAAACAAAUUACACCUUGCAUAAUUUUUUUUCAAGAAGCCUUAUGAGUUGCACCAAGUAUAUUUAAAGAUUGUGUGUGUAUAUUAAAGAAGUGUUCGCUGUAAAAUAACAAAUUAAGGAAUACACUAUUUAUCACAGUGACUCGCUUGUCUUUUAUUUGUUUCUUGUAUUGGAGAUUUUUUGUUUCAUACAAUCUUCAGAAGACUUGGUCUGAUUUUUCAGUAAACUGGCUCUGUCUGGGUUACUCCGGACAAGAGCCUUUGAAAGAUUAAAGCAUUUUAGAACACAACAAGCCAUCUACACAGACACCCCAUUGUUUUGCUGAUUUUCAUUUAAUUAUUUAUAUAUGAUUUUUUUAGCAUCAGACCUAAGGAGCAAAGAGAGAAUUGCACGGAUUAGUUUAAAAAAGAAGAUUGCCAAAUUAAAAAUGCAGUGCUGUACCGUAACAUGACUGUUUACAUAUUGUUGCUGGACAGAUACAUGUUCUGUGAUUCACCUUGUGUUAUGGCUGUUCCUCUGCCAUGUAUUACCACGCAUUGCAAUUUUUCUGAGAAAAUAAAGGCAUUGCAAG